AUGAGUUUGUUCGGGACAACCCCGACGGCUGCCGUCAAACCUAUGUUCGGGUCGACGACGGCGACGAGUGCAACUCCCAGCCCCUUUGGCCUCAACACCGGCGCCACCAGCGCCCCGGCUGCAGGACUUUUUGGUUCGACGUCCACAAGCACUGCGAGCCCCUUCGGACUCAAUACCGUCACCUCCACCGCGCCAGCCGCUGGACUUUUUGGUUCGACUUCUACAAGCACUGCCAGCCCGUUCGGCCUCAAUACCGGCACCUCAACCGCGCCAGCUACCGGACUUUUUGGCUCGACUUCCACGAGCACUGCUGGAGGAGGCCUUUUCGGAAGCACUACGACGUCGACGGCACCAGCGGGUGGUGGACUUUUUGGAAGCACCGCCACCUCGACGACCCCUUCCACUGGUGGACUUUUUGGAAGCACCGCCACCUCGACGACCCCUUCCACCGGUCUCUUCGGUUCGACGGCGCCCGCUGCUGGAGGACUGUUCGGCUCGACCAGCAACGCGGGACUCUUUGGGGCCAAGCCCGCCCCAUUCGGUGCAUCUACAACGUCGACAAACUUAUUUGGCGCAAAACCUGCUGCGACAGGCGGUCUCUUUGGAGCCCCUGCUCAACAGCAACCCACACAGAUGCGAGACACGCUGCAGACCAUCUUCCAGAAUAGCAACGCGUUGAGCCGAUCGAUCACUAGUCCACAGCUCUUCGGCGAUGAACGUGAUAAUAUCAUCAGGCGGUUGAACCAGGCGGCUGCUGCUAUGGGCGUGGCGGAGGGCUACUGGGCUGAAGGACAGCCGCCCGUGAAAUACGCGCUGGACGGGCUCCUGUGUCGUUUUGUGGGCGUCGCCUACAACUCUGUCUCCCAUUACAAUGACUCGGACGGCAUGGUCUCGAUUGUGAUCCGGACUCCGAUUACCGACUUUGCUUCCGAAAGCCAAAAGCAAAAUCUUGAAGACGCGCUGUUCCGCUUUUUUGGCGCAAAGCCGGAGAUCAAGCCCCACAUCGAGGCGUACAAAGUGUUGCCCGAAAAUUGUACAGAGGUCACAUUCUACAUUACGCAAAAGGGCAAGGGCCGUAUCACCAGCAUAGAACUUUGCCAGUAUCUGAAUCAGAACGAUCAAAAGAACCAAUUGGUGCAGCAAAUGAAGGUGGACCCGGAACGCAUCGUCAGCAAAUGUAGGAUGAACCAGCAGCAGACGAUCGAAUACCUGAGAGAUUUGCCUCUAGGGCUCGACCAAAUCAUUUGGAAUCAGGCGAUCAAGUCCAACCCUGACCCGGAGAAUCUGAUUCCGGUCCCGGUUCGAGGAUUCGAUGCGCUGACCCAGAGGCACGAGAACCAAUUUGCAGAGAUCGCUAUGCAAAAUAAGGUGCUGGAAGCGCUCGGGCAGCGCUCCACCAGAAAUGAAGCAGCAAUGUCUAGUGCAUGGGCUCGCUUGGAAGCGCUGCGCACAAAGCUGCAGGAGGUCUCUUUCCGGUUGAUUCGAGCGCUCUGUGCCCAGACCGAAGAGUGUCGUUUUGCCCAGCCGAUCGACGCAACCGAAGAACAGAUCGGCAGCGUCGCUGAGUCUCUUUUGGCUCGACUGACCGCCCCAGGACAAGUGAAGGACAAAAUGACGAGCCUGUUGGCGGAAUUGCGCGAGAUGGAAGCGCGUCAGAAGGAGAUUGACGCCCAGCCGGGAACGAUUGGCCAAAAGCUGACCGACGAAGACCUGCUUACCCUCAAGCGCUACCUCUCACGUUGCCAAGACGGGCUGGAAAGCCUCGCCCAGGUUGCUGUCAACUACAAGCGGGACCUCAACGUGAUGCUGAAGAACAGAGGCCAC